GCCUGAAGAUGUGGUGCGGGCGUGCGGGCGUGGUGGGCGUGGUGGGCGCCGCCUUGCUGCUGCUGGGACUCACACAGAUCGUAUCGGGCAUCUAUUUCAUGCUUAUGAUGCCCAUCUUUCAAUUGGGCUCCAACAUCUGGACGGGCACUUGGUCCAGCAUGUGCGGAACCGUGGGCCACAAUCGGAUGGACGGGCCAGACCAUGCGCCGCGGCCAGAUGGUGCUCGUGGCCACACUCAGCGUCCUCGUGACUAAUGUGGCCAAUCUGGUUAUCAUUCAGGUCGGCGAGAACGGCGUGUUCCUGUCGGAGAGCGACGUGCGCGCCAUCGUCGGCAACAACCAGGAGACCACGAUGCUUAUAGCGUUCUGGCUGACCACCGUCGUCACGGCCAUGGGCAUCGUCGUGAGCUUCUUCGGCGCGCAGUACCUGUUCUGCGUGGUGGUCCGCGGCCCGAGGGUCAAGGGGCGCAUGCCGGUCACCAGGUCGCUCUCGGAGGAGGACCUGCAUCACCGCCAGGUACACACCCCCCCGCGGCUGCGGUCGCCCUCCUCCGCGGGCGCCGGGGAGGUGGCCGCGCCGAGGGCGCAGAGGAGAGCCAGUAGUGUGGGUGGCGGAGUGCAAGUGCAUGGCAUGUGUGGUGUUGGUGAUCACGGUGAGGCAGAUGGUGGUGGUGGCGGUAGCACUAGCGGUAGGACGCGGCUCCUGAGCGGCGGCAGCGGCGGCGGCGGCAGCUCCAGGGGCAGCCAGACGGGCAUCGACAACCCGUCGUCGCAGCCGGAGACGCCCGAGAGCUGCGUGCCGUACUUCCUGCGCAACCACCGCUCGGCGUGGCAGUUCAUCCUGCCGGAGGUGGUGCACGAGAUGCGGCAGAACCAGCAGUUCGCGGCGCGCGAGCCCGGCGCCGACGGCCACUCGCGCACGUCCACGCUGUCCAAGGCGUCCAAGAGCUCCUUCCACCCCGCCCGCCCCCCCCGCAGCGACCGCGCGCCCCGACCUGGUGGGCUUCGAGGCGCAGCUCCAGCCGCUCGCGCACUCCCGCAGGAACUCCCGGGCGCCCUCCUCCAGCCGCAGCACCUCCAUCUACUCCAUCCCCGAGAGCUGCCACCUGCAGACGACGCCGCGGCCGAAGGUGGUGCGCCCGACGGCGCCGCCGCCCGACCCCCCGACGCCCAAGACCUCCAGCGGGUCCCGCAACAUGCGCGCGACGUCGGCGGGUGGGUGGGAGUCGUGCGCCGUGGUCCAGUACUCCCCGCAGGCCGGAGGGGGCUUCGUGGUGGACCUGGACUGAGGCCCCUCGCUUCCUUAGUCGUAGUCCUUCCCUAACAGGUGCAGUCCCCUCACCCCCCGGGCGCCGCCCCUGAGCCUCGUGCUCACGGACGCCGGAGGCGGGAGACCGAGAAUCUCAGUGCAAAGCGAAGCGAGUGACGGGGCGACCCACGUGCUGCCAGCGGACGCGCCUUGCGUCACGCUCGCCGGGACACUCACGCUCUUUUCUCGAGAACACUUCCUGUGGCUCGGCUGGCACCCGCUCCCCCGGCCAGGAGAGUGCCACAAACGCUCAAUCUCAUGUACUCUCAUGUACUCCCUCUUGUACAUUGUUAUCCCAUUCCCACACAAACUGUCGGCGACAUUUGUGUACAUUUUUCACACAGCAAAUAAACCAAAGACAAACUA